AUGCCAUCAAAGCGUCAUCGUCUGAGGUCUGAGCGGUGCUUCACGUCGAUUAGAACAGAUCACCGUGCAUCGCCUGGGAGUUUAGAGCGAUUGCAAUAUCUUGAGAAACUUGUCAGUGAAUUCAAGGAGACCGACAUUCACGACUAUAAGGAACAGGUACCUUUUACUCCGGUUUAUAAUGACCACAAGUCUGACAAACAGAUCAUUGCCAAUCUAGCAAACUUUGCCUACGAUCCCCGAAACUGUCCCCACUUGCGGCAGUUACACGUGGUCGAUUUGUUUCUGACUUGUUUGGAGCCUGUUGCUCCGAUCUGGGCGGAGGCUUCAACCGGUUCCGAAUCCAGCACUGUUGCAGAUAGUGCUGUUCGCCUCGCGGAGCUUGCUCUUGGCGGACUGGUUAACCUCGCUUCUGCUUCACCCACGGAUAGGAAGGAGCUCCGCGAUCAUCCGCUGCUUGCCUAUGUCGUCGCUUGUCUGGCGUCACCGAUUCCAUUGAUCGUCAUCCACUGUCUAACCAUCUUGAUUCAGCUGUUCACACAAACUCGUGGUACCACCGCCGAGUCGGAGUUCUCCGUAGAUCUGCGUACUCGGUUCCCCGCUGCUAUCCGCGCAGCGCAAGCGUACCGACAACAACAGAGUUCUGGUGGUGACACUCUAAAGGAUCCGCGCAUCUCAGUCCUUGCUCAGCUAUUGUCAGCAGUUCCCUCAGGGUCAGAAGAACAAGCUCAAUCGAAGCGGUUAGGUGCAUCCAUUUCUCAGAUAUCACUGACUCCCACGUCAGUGCCUCGGUCUAUUACAGACCGAGGAAUUCCCUUGGAAUCUCUGUCCGUAACAGUCGGUUCACCCACGUUUCCGGAGGAACACUCUCCCCCCAGUUUAGAUAACAAUAUCCUGUACAGCACAACAGACUCACGUGAACACAUGGGCACAGAUCCUCCCGUCACCUCCUCUGUUUGCCCUAUAUUGGCCAGCCCAGACCAGAUUCUUGUACCCACCUUCCCGCAGUCAUUGACCAGGAGCUUUGAGGUGGCGGCAGGUCUAUCCAAAGCUCGUCUUUCUCUUCUCGUGGUAUCCACUGCCGUAGUCGGCUGUGUGUUAGCAGCCUCAACAAGUCUGACUUCACCCCUGUUCUUGGCACAUCCGUACCGGACACUUUUGUGUCUAAUUGUGGGAACUGGACUAACGAGCGCCGCAGCCAAUACAGUCAACCAGAUUGUGGAAAUCCCUUAUGACAGCCAAAUGAUGCGAACACGUGACCGAGUCCUCGUGCGUGGUCUCACCAAUAUCAGUGUUGUUUGUUUGAAACCUGGUCGUCUAACGUCCGUUUUCUUCGUCAUCGUUCUUUCAAGCCCCGGUCGCGCUGGUUUAUUUGCUUUGGGCUGUGCCGGUACCGGUUUGAUCACCCUCUGUCUGGGGACCAACCCUCUAGUUGUUUGGUUAGCUGCCGGGAAUAUGCUCCUCUACACCACGUUGUACACACCACUGAAGCAGUUCAGCCAGGCCAACACGUGGAUUGGUGCGCUGGUUGGAGGAGUGCCACCGUUGAUGGGCUGGGCCGCUGCCACUGGAGAGAUUCAUUCUGGAAAAAACUCGGCGGCGCUGGUCGUUGCUGUCUUCCGGGAUGUAGAUCACCAGACAGAACACAUCAAUGUCUUCGGAGCAUUGCCCGAAUCUGGUGGGAACACCGGAUCAGCAAUUCUGAACAAACCACCCGGAACAUGCGCGUUUGUCCUGUUCGUGAACACCAUGAAGUUGGUAUCUCCUGGUGAGCAUAAUAUGGUGGCUAAUACACCCGUGUUUCACCAAACCACCCGGAACAUGCGCGUUUGUCCCGAUUCCUUCACUCAACAGAUUGCUCACUCCUUUUCUUCAGGUUCAAUGAUUCUGGCCAGUCUUCUCUACGUAUGGCAGUUCCCACACUUCAUGGCUCUGAGCUGGAAUUUACGUGGGGAAUAUUCCAAAGCUGGCUACAUGAUGACUUCAGUCCUGGAGCCACCGGUGUGCAAGCAAGUUGCACUGCGCUAUGCGGUCGCUUGUAGCCUCGUCUGCCUGGCCGGGGCCGGAUGCAGUGCCAUCAGUCUUGGUCCGUGGGCUGGUUGUGCUCUUGGUUUGACUUGUCUUCCUCCCAACAUCGGUCUGAUCUACUAUGCCUGGCAGUUUUCUCGAGCGGAUUCUCAGGAAGGAAGUGCAGCUGCGGCGAGGCGCCUCUUUCGAUCUACCUUGCUCCAUUUACCCAUAGUAAUGACUGCUGCACUCAUAGGUACCUAUAUUUGUGGAACUACUAUUGGUGCUGGUCAGUAG